AUGGUCGAGGCGGAGGCCGCCGGGGAGGAUUCGGGCACCCCGCUCGUCGUGGGGGGACCCGCAUGGACAUGGAUUCAAGGCCUGCUCUCCGCGGUGGCGGAGGAGGAGGCGAGCGGCGAGGGCGGGGAGGGGGGCGCGCAGGCAUGGCUGGACGCGCACUACGUCCACGACGUGCACGACCCGGUGCUGUCGGAGUUCGUGUUCGAGGCGGACAAGAACCGGCUGUUCGCGAUGGCGGAGAAGACCGGGAAGCUCGUCCUGAGCACGAGCCCGCCCAUGGUGCCGGGGCACCUCCUGUGCCUCUACCGCGCCAAGGGGUCGCUCCCGAAGGAGGAGAACUACCGCGACGUGGUCCACAAGAUCAAGAUCGGCGGCCAGCACAGCCCGCUGGAGUCCCUGCUGCGCCUGAUGAACACGGUGUACGUGCCCACGAUGCUAGAAAACACCUCGUGGCCUCAGAGCAUGCGCACCGACAUCAUCGGCUCCCUGCACAAGUUCAUGGCCUCGCUCACGGAGCACACGCACGAAAUGGCCGGCAAGACCGUCCUAUACAUCCCCAAGGAGCAGAUAGGGGAUCCCAUGGUGGCUGCCAAGGACAAGCAGCUCGUGCAGCGCCUCGAGGCGACGGUGAUCCACUGGACGCGGCAGAUCAAGGAGGUGGUCAACAACCUCGACAACAGCGACCUGAGCGACGACGCGGGGCCCCUCGCGGAGAUUGAGUUCUGGCGCGCGCGCAGCAAGGACAUGUCGUCGAUCCAGCAGCAGCUCGAACAGCCCCUCGUCGCGCGCUUCGUCGACGUGCUCGAGGCGGCCAAGUCGUCCUACCUCGGCCCGUUCAUGGAGCUGUCCAAGGCGAUCCAGACGGGCGGCGAGGCGGCGCGCGACAACCUGCUCUUCCUGCAGAGCCUGCAGGAGCCGUGCGGCGCGCUGGCCAAGGCGGCCCCGAAGGACAUCCCCGGGCUGAUGCCCAACGUGCUCAACCACGUGCGCAUGAUCUGGUCGCUGUCGCGGCACUACAACACCGAGGACGCCGUGACGGGCCUGCUGCGGAACAUUUCGAACGAGAUCAUCACGCGCUGCUGCGCGCACGUGUCGCUGGAGGCGAUCCUCUCCGGCGACGUGGACGGCGUCAUGGUGACGCUGCAGGAGUCGGUGCGCGCGGGGGAGUCCUGGAAGGGUGCGUACCGCAACACGGCGGCCGCGCUCGAGCGCUCGGGCUCGCGGCCGUGGAAGCUUGACCAGUCGUCGAUCUUCGCGCACAUCGACGCGUUCGUCCAGCGCUGCAAGGACCUGCUCGAGAUCUGCGAAGCGCAGCUCCAGUUCGCGCCGUCGACGCCGCUGCCGAACUUCGGCGGCACGCGCGGCCCCGAGGUCGUCAAGAGCAUCCGGGACAUCCAGGGGUCGUUCCAGAAGCUCGUGAAGCGGCUGCGCGACCUGGGCUACUCGAUCCUCGACGUCAAGGUCACGCGGUGGCACGACGACUACAACGUCUUCAAGAGCGGCGUCAAGGACCUCGAGGUCAUGUUCACCAACGUCGUCGUGCUCGCGCUCGACGCCGUGCCGUCGCUCCCGGCCCGGAUCAACCUCCUCGAGAUCUUCUUCUGCAUGGCCAAGCGCGAGAGCGUCAAGCGCACGGUGGAGAAGAAGACGUCGGAGCUGUACCAGAUGUUUACGCAGGAGAUCAACGUCGUGAAGAAGCAGCUCGACCUCAUCAAGCGGUCCCCGCCGCCCUCGCCCUUCCUCCCGCGCUACGCCGGCGCGGCGUACUGGGCCCAGGCCCUGCUGCGGCGCAUCGCGCACCCGCUGGGGCACCUCCUGCAGAUGCAGCACGCGCUGCCCGACGCCCCCGAGGCCGGGGAGGUCUUCGCGGCGUUCGAGCUCGUCAAGUCGUCCGUCGAGCAGUUCACGCACAACAUGCACCGCGACUGGUACCAGUCCGUCCCGGCGGACGCCAUCCAGGGCCUGGAGCGCUCGCUCAUUGCGCAGGAGGACGGCACGGGCACGCUGGUGGUGAACUUCGACAAGGGCACGCUCUCGAUGUUCCAGGAGGUGUACUACUGGGAGCGCCUGCGCAUGGAGAUCCCCUACGUGGCCAUGGAGAUCAACGCGGGCCGGGAGCGGCUGCGCGUGCUGCGCGAGUCGAUCCUGCUGGUCGUGCGCGACUACAACCAGAUCAUCGGCGCGCUGGACCGCGCGGAGCGCCGGCUCUUCGCGGACCGCAUCCGGUACCUGGACCGGCGCGUGGCGCCCGGGCUGCUGCGCCUGACGUGGACGUCGCCCAAGGCGCAGCUGGACUACUACGUCAAGGAGGCGCGCAGGCACUGCAAGGACGUGUGGACGACGGUGGAGGAGUGGAAGCAGGCGCUGCGGUCGAUCGAGGAGAACUGCCGCAUGAUCGUGGAGUCGCAGCUCAUCAACGUGGAGAAGAAGCGGGUGUACGACCACACGGAGUUUUUCGAGCGGCAGAUGGCCCACAUGUCGGACACGAAGAAGAAGUUCCGCUCGUGCUACGAGGCCAUCAAGUCCACGAUGGACCACGUGUACAAGACGUUCGCCGACGACAGCGAGGAGGUGCAGGCCGAGUGGUACACGCUGACGAAGAAGGUGGACCGCAAGGUGGAGGACGCGCUGCGCGCGACGUGGAAGCGGUCGCUGCAGGAGCUGAUGCGCGCGCUCGACGGCGACAAGAAGACGGAGGUGGUGCCGAUCUUCCACGUGCUCGUGGUGCUGCAGAACGGGCACGCGGAGGUGAAGCCGACCAUCCAGGAGCUGUACAACAUGAUCUUCAAGCUGCGCGACGAGCUCGUGCGCGUCGCGCAGGCCGUCCCGCGGCUCCGGCAGGCCCCGAUGAUCUCGGAGGUGGACCCCGAGACGGGGCAGGAGGUGGUGCGGCCGCGGCGGCAGCUGACGCCGUUCUACGAGAUCCUGCUGCACGAGAACCGCGCGGACAAGAAGACGCAGGAGCAGCUGGUCAACCUCGGCGAGGGCAUCACGGCGCAGGCGAAGCAGUUCCUCGACUACUGGGAGAAGAAGUACCAGCACGUGUGGGACCAGGACAAGGACGCCUACAUCCGGCGGUACAAGAAGGCGGACAAGCCGCUCCUGGCGUUCAACGGGGACACGCAGAAGUACCAGGACCUGGGCGAGGAGGUCAUGGCCGAGGACACGAGCACCAACAUGCGCUUCAUGCGCGUGGACUGCUCGCCGCUGAAGCAGAGCAUCCACGGGCACUGCAACGCCUGGGUCGGCAAGUUCACGGGCCUCCUGCACGACAUAUCCUCGACGGAGCUCAACAACCUCUUCUCGUACUUCCGCGACAACAAGGCCAAGCUGGCCCAGCAGCCGGCCAACCUGGACGAGCUCGCGUCGUCCGUGACGCUGCAGCGGAAGCUCGCGGCCGAGCGCGAGUCCACCGAGGCGCGCUUCCAGCCCCUGAGGGCGAAGUACGAGUCCCUGGAGAAGUUUGGCGUGGGGCUGCGCGACGCAGAGCGCGCCCAGCUGGACGAGCUGGAGGGCGAGUGGGCGUCGUACCUGACGGUGCUCGAGGCCGCGGAGGGCGACCUGGAGCGCGCGAAGGAGACGUUCCGGGAGAAGCUGGUCCAGAUGGUGGACAGCUUCGUCAAGGACCAGGCCACGGCGCGGGAGGAGUUCGAGGACACCGCGCCGUACUCGCACGAGAAGUACAGCGUCGCGGAGGCCAAGGCGUACAUCAAGAAGUGGCUCGAGAACUGCCGCGCGGCGCGGAAGCGCGCGUCGGACCUCACGCGGCAGGGCAUGGAGAUCUUCGCCAUCCCGACGCCGCCGUACAAGGAGCUCGAGAAGACCGAGGCGGAGCUGCGGCUGCUGGGGAGCAUCUGGGACGUCGUGGAGCAGUGGGAGAGCGCGUACAGCGGGUGGAAGGACGGCCUGUUCAAGGACCUGAACGUGCAGGAGAUGGAGGAGGCCGCGGUGCGCAUCCAGAAGACCGUGACCAAGCUGGGCCGCGAGGUGAAGCACUGGCCGCUGUGGGGGUGGAUCAAGGAGACGAUCGAGUCGUUCAAGCGCACGAUGCCGCUGAUCAUCGACCUGCGGAACCCGGCCAUGCGCAAGCGGCACUGGCAGAACCUGAUGGCGCACAUCGGCGAGCAGUUCGACCCGGAGUCGGACUCGUUCACGCUCAGCACCGUCGUGAGCCUGCGCCUCGACCAGCACGCGGAGUUCAUCGGCGAGCUCUCCGGCUCGGCCAGCAAGGAGCUAGCCAUCGAGGUGUCCCUGGGCAAGAUCGGCGACACGUGGGAGACGCUCGAGCUCGACCUCGCGCCGUACAAGGCCACGUUCAAGCUGCGGUCGACGGAGGACAUCUUCGCGGCGCUCGAGGACAACGUCGUCACGCUGUCGACCAUGAAGGGCUCCAAGUUCUUCGUGGUGUUUGAGAAGGAAAUCCUGCGGUGGGAGCACGCGCUGUCGCUGGUGUCAGAGUCGAUCGAGAUGAUCCAGCAGGUGCAGCGCAACUGGAUGUACCUCGAGAACAUCUUCGUGGGCUCCGAGGACAUCCGGAAGCAGCUCCCGCAGGAGAGCAUCCUCUUCGAGUCGGUGCACACGUCGUUCCAGGAGAGCAUGAAGGAGCUGCACGACGUGUCCGUCGUGGUGCGCGCGUGCGACCAGGCCAUGCUCGACCGCUUCGUGGCCAUGGACGAGAAGCUCGAGAAGAUCCAGAAGUCGCUGGAGAACUACCUCGAGUCGAAGCGGCAGCAGUUCCCGCGGUUCUACUUUUUGUCGUCGGACGACCUGCUCGAGAUCCUCGGGCAGGCGAAGGACCCGCUGCAGGUGCAGAAGCACCUGAAGAAGUGCUUCGAGGGCAUCAAGCGGCUGCAGAUGUACGCGCCGGGGCAGGAGGGGCACAAGGUGUACGAGGCGACGGGGAUCUUCUCGCCCGACGGCGAGUGGCUGCCGUUCCCGGACCCCGUGCGCACGGAGGGGCGGCCGGAGGACUGGCUGAACGACAUCGAGGCGGCGAUGUUCAAGACGACGAAGCUGCACCUGUACAAGACGCUCGAGCAGAGCAAGGGCGCGAAGAAGGAGCGGUGGGUGCGCGACAACCAGGGGCAGAUGAUCAUCUCCGCGGGGCAGAUCCUGUGGACGGCGGAGUGCGAGGCGGCGCUGGCCGACCCCGACGAGGCCAAGAAGGCGCUCCGGCAGCUCAAGAAGCGCUGGAUGAGCUACCUGAACAAGCUCACGGGCGUCACGCGGUCGCGCCUGACGAAGAUCGAGCGCAACAAGGUCGUCGCGCUCAUCACGAUCGAGGUGCACGCGCGCGACGUCAUCGACAAGCUGGGCAAGACGGGGUGCUCGCGCGCGACGGACUUCGAGUGGGUGAGCCAGCUGCGGUUCUACUGGGACCGCGACCAGGACGACUGCGUCGUGAAACAGGUCCUGUCGAUCUUCACGUACGGGUACGAGUAUCAGGGCAACAACGGGCGGCUGGUCAUCACGCCGCUGACGGACCGGUGCUACAUGACGCUCGGCGCGGCGAUGUUCACGCGGCGCGGCGGGAACCCGCUCGGCCCCGCGGGGACGGGCAAGACGGAGACCGUGAAGGACUUCGGGAAGGCCCUGGCGCGCUACGUCAUCGUGUUCAACUGCUCCGACGGCGUGGACUACAAGAUGACCGGGAAGAUGCUGUCGGGCCUCGCGCAGACGGGCGCGUGGGCCUGCCUCGACGAGUUCAACCGCAUCGAGGUCGAGGUGCUGUCGGUGGUGGCGACGCAGAUCUCAACCCUCAUGCUGGCCAUCAAGGAGCGCAAGCGCCGCUUCCAGUUCCUGGGACAGGAGAUCCGCCUCAUUCCAUCGUGCGCGGUGUUCGUGACGAUGAACCCCGGGUACGCCGGGCGCUCGGAGCUGCCCGACAACCUGAAGGCCAUCGUCCGGCCGGUGGCCAUGAUGGUCCCGGACUUCACGCUGAUCGCGGAGAUCAUGAUGUUCUCCGAGGGCUUCCAGACGGCCAAGAGCCUCGCGAAGAAGAUGAUCGCCAUCAUGGAGCUGUCGCAGCAGCAGCUGUCCAAGCAGGACCACUACGACUACGGCCUGCGCUCCUUCGUCAUCCCCAUCGCGCGCGCCGCGGGCGCGCACAAGCGCGCCAUGCCCGACGCCUCCGAGGAGGUCAUCAUGUACCGCACGAUGAUCGACCUCAUCAAGCCCAAGCUGGUGUACCAGGACCUGCCGCUCUUCAUGUCGCUGCUGUCGGACCUGUUCCCGGGCGUCGAGAUGCCCACGAACGACGGCGGGGAGCUGCGGAAGGCGCUCGAGGCCGAGCUCACGAAGCACGGGCUGCAGAUCGUGCCGGAGUUCGUCACCAAGAUCAUCCAGAUCUUCGACUGCAAGUUGGCGCGGCACGGCAACAUGAUCGUGGGCAAGACCGGGUCCGGCAAGUCCGAGGCGUGGAAGUGCCUGCAGCGCGCGCUCGCGCGGCUGUGCAAGCAGUUCCCCGAGGAGGAGGCCUACGAGAAGGUGCACGUGUACACCAUCAACCCUCUGGCGCUGUCGAACGACGAGCUGUACGGCGCGUUCGAGCCGUCGACGCAGGAGUGGCGCAACGGUGUGCUCGCGCGCAUCAUGCGCGACGCGUGCAACGACACCACGCCCGACCAGAAGUGGAUCCUGUUUGACGGCCCCGUCGACACGCUGUGGAUCGAGUCGAUGAACACGCUGCUCGACGACAACAAGCUCCUCACGCUCCUCAACGGCGAGCGCAUCUCCAUGACGCCGCAAGUCUCCAUCCUGUUCGAGGUCGAGGACCUGAGCCAGGCGUCGCCGGCGACGGUGUCCCGCGCGGGAAUGAUCUACCUGAACGUGGAGGACCUCGGCUGGCGGCCGUACGUCACGUCGUGGCUGCAGCGGCCCGUGCGCGGCGAGCAGCGCGACCCGCAGGUCGUCGAGAUCGUCCAGCGGCUGGUGGACAAGUACAUCGAAGCGUCGCUGGAGCACAAGCGGCUCAACUGCUCGGAGCUGGUGCCGAUCGACCGGCUGAACGGCGUGCGCACGUUCUGCUCGCUGUUCGACCACUUCGCGACGCCGGACAACGGCGUGUCGGCCGGCGCGGGCGACUCGCUGGCCACGGUGGUGGAGCUGUGGUUCCAGUUCGCGCUGGUGUGGUCGGUGGGCGCGAGCCUGGACGAGGAGGGGCGGAAGAGCUUCGACAUGUUCCUGCGCGAGCUCGACUCGCGGUUCCCCCCCAACGAGACCGUCUUCGAGUACUACGUCGACCCCGUGGGGAAGCAGUGGGUGCCCUGGGAGCAGAAGCUGUCGUCGACGUUCCGCGUGCCGACGGACACGCCGUUCUUCAAGAUCAUGAUCCCGACGAUCGACACGGUCCGCACGCAGUUCGUCGCGGGCGCGCUGGUGCAGGACUUCAAGCACGUGCUCGUGGUGGGCAACGUGGGCGUCGGCAAGACGAUGAUCGUCGACGGGCUGCUGCAGAGCCUCCCGGACGACCGCACGUCCCUCGUGAUCAACUCGUCCGCGCAGACGAGCAGCAACUCGCUCCAGGACUCCAUCGAGGGCCGCCUGGUAAAGCGCACCAAGGGCAUCUACGGGCCGGACGGCGGCAAGAAGAUGAUCGCGUUCAUCGACGACCUGAACAUGCCGGCCAAGUCCAAGUUCGGGUUCAUCCCCCCGCUCGAGCUGCUCAAGCUCUGGGUCGACAACGGGUUCUGGUAUGACCGCCUCAAGUGCGAGGCGAUGAACGUGGUCGACAUGCAGCUGCUGGCGGCGAUGGCGCCCCCGGGCGGCGGGCGCAACAAGUUCUCGCAGCGCAUCCAGGCGUGCUUCUCGACGCUCAACGUGACGCCGCCGAACGACGCGCAGCUGAAGCGCAUCUUCUCGACGCUGCUCAACUCGCGGCUGGCCGACUUCGAGGACGAGAUCCGGCCCCUCGGCGACCUGAUCACGCAGGCGUCGAUCGCGGUGUUCCGCUCCGUGGCCUCGGAGCUCCUGCCCACGCCGUCCAAGUCGCAUUACCUGUUCAACACGCGCGACCUGGCCAAGGUGAUCCAGGGCGUGAUGCAGGCCACCAAGGCCUUCUACGACUCGAAGGAGUCGAUGCUCGCGCUGUGGUGCCACGAGACGUUCCGCAUCAUCGGCGACCGCAUGUGGGACCACGGCGACAAGGCCUGGCUGCGCAACCAGCUCAACAACCAGCUGACGUCGCUCUUCGGCAGCUCGUACGACUCCCUCUUCGAGGACGGCGAGAUGCUCCCGUACGUGUCGUUCAUGCGGCCGAUGGACAACCCGCCGUACGAGGCCGUGCAGAGCAUGGGCGCGCUGAAGGAGACCCUGACGACGUCGCUGGAGGACUACGGCCUCGAGCCGGGCAACUCGCAGAUGGACCUCGUGCUCUUCAAGGACGCGAUGCACCACGUGUGCCGCAUCCACCGCAUCUUGAUGCAGCCGCGCGGCAACGCGCUGCUGGUCGGCGUGGGCGGCUCGGGGCGCAAGUCGCUCGCGCGGCUGGCGACGUACAUCGCGGAGCAGCGCUGCUUCUCGAUCGAGAUCACGAAGAACUACCGCCAGACGGACUUCCGCGAGGACCUGAAGAUGCUGUACAAGCAGGCCGGGCAGGACAACAAGCCGACCACGUUCCUGUUCGACGAGACGCAGAUCAAGCUCGAGACCUUCCUCGAGGACGUGAACAACAUCCUCACGUCCGGCGAGGUGCCGAACCUGUUCCCGAAGGACGAGAUGACGGCCAUCGUCGGCGACCUGCGCCCGCAGGCCAAGAAGGCGGGCGUGCCGGAGACGGAGGACGGGAUCUGGUCGUUCUUCAUGGAGCGCGUGCGCACGAACCUGCACGUCAUCCUGUGCCUCUCGCCCGUCGGCGAGGCCUUCCGGGAGCGUUGCCGCAUGUUCCCCGGGCUGGUGAACUGCACGACGAUCGACUGGUUCACGGAGUGGCCCGCGGACGCGCUGCUCGAGGUCGCGGAGCGGCAGCUCGAGGACCUCCCCGAGGACGUGGUCGACGCGGCGCUGCGCACCAAGCUCGGCAAGGUGUUCCAGACGGCGCACUCGUCGGUGGUGCAGACGAGCGCGCGGAUGCUGGCCGAGGUGAAGCGCGCGAACUACGUGACGCCGACGAACUACCUCGAGACGGUCCGCGGGUACAAGACGCUCCUGGGCAACAAGCGCGGCGAGCUGAUCGACAAGGCGCGGAAGCUCAAGGGCGGGCUCGAGAAGCUCGCGGAGACGUCGGAGCAGGUGCAGGAGAUGCAGGAGGUGGCGAAGCAGAAGAAGGUCGUCGUGGCGCGCGCGAAGAAGGAGUGCGAGGAGCUGCUGGUGCAGAUCGUGCAGGACAAGCGCACCGCCGACGAGCAGGAGAAGCAGGUCAACGCCGAGGCGACGAAGAUCGGGAAGGAGGCCGAGGAGGCGGACGCGAUCGCGAACGAGUGCAAGCUCGCGCUCGACAAGGCGCUGCCGGCGCUCGAGGAGGCGGAGGCGGCGCUGUCGGUGCUGGACAAGAAGGACAUCUCGGAGCUCAAGGCGUACUCGAAGCCGCCCGCGGCGGUGGAGCUGACGCUGGGCGGCGUGCUGACGGUGCUGAAGCGGCCGACGAACUGGGACGAGGCGAAGAAGCAGAUGGGCGACGCCGGCUUCUUGAGCAAGCUGAUGAACUACGACAAGGACCAGCUGGUGGACGCGCUGCUGAAGAAGAUCAACAAGUUCACGAGCAACGCGGACUUCGACCCGGAGAAGGUCGGGAAGGUCUCCAAGGCCGCGGAGGGCAUGUGCAAGUGGGUGCACGCCAUGGAGAAGUACGGCGAGGUGUCCAAGGAGGUGGCGCCGAAGAAGGCCAAGCUCAAGCUGGCGACGGACACGCUGAACAAGAAGAAGGCGGCGCUCAAGCAGGCGCAGGACAAGCUCGCGGAGGUCCUCGCGCAGGUCCAGGCGCUCGAGGACAAGUACAACGGCAGCAUGUCGGAGAACAAGCGGCUCGAGGACGAGCUCGCGGACCUCGAGGGGAAGCUCGAGCGCGCGGAGAAGCUCGUCACGGGGCUCGCGGGCGAGAAGGACCGCUGGGAGACGAGCAUCGCGCUGUUCGAGGACCAGGCGAAGAAGCUGCCGGGCGACUGCGUGGUGGCGGCGGCCUUCAUGUCGUACGCCGGGCCCUUCCCGAGCGAGUACCGCGACGAGCUGGUCGUGCGCACGUGGCUCCCGCAGGUCAAGAACCUCCAGAUCCCGGCGAGCGACCAGUUCGACUUCUGCAUGUUCCUGGCGGACCCGGCGGACGUGCGCGACUGGAACAUCCAGGGCCUGCCCGCGGACUCGUUCAGCACGGAGAACGGCGUGCUCGUGACGCGCGGGCAGCGCUGGCCGCUCAUGAUCGACCCGCAGGGGCAGGCGAACAAGUGGGUGAAGAACAUGGAGGGCGGCCGCGGCCUCAAGGUGCUCAACCUGCAGAUGUCCGACAUGAUCCGGCAGAUGGAGUCGUGCAUCCAGUUCGGCGCGCCCGCGCUGAUCCAGGACGUGCUCGAGGAGGUGGACCCGACGCUGGAGCCCGUGCUGAGCAAGGCCUUCAUCCGGCGCGGCAACAACGUGCUGAUCAAGCUCGGGGACAAGGAGAUCGACUACAACCCCGAGUUCAAGCUCUACCUGACCACCAAGCUGGCCAACCCGCACUACACCCCCGAGAUCUCGACCAAGGUCACGCUGGUGAACUUCGCGGUCAAGGAGUCGGGCCUCGACGAGCAGCUGCUCAACCUCGUCGUCAAGUGCGAGCAGCCCGAGCUCGACCGGCAGAAGAACGAGCUCGUCGUCAAGGUGGCGCGCGGGAAGCGCACGCAGGCCGAGCUCGAGGACCAGAUCCUGCAGAUGCUCGCGACGGCGACGGGGUCGCUCCUGGACAACGUCGAGCUCAUCCAGACGCUCGACCAGUCGAAGACCACGUGGGAGGAGGUCAACGAGUCGCUCAAGGUCGCCGAGGAGACGUCGCGGAAGAUCACGGCCGCGAGCGAGGAGUACCGGCCCGUGUCGACGCGCGCCGCGCUGCUGUACUUCGUCCUCAACGACCUCGCGCUGAUCGACCCGAUGUACCAGUUCUCGCUGGACGCCUACGUGGACCUGUUCCACAUCUCGAUCAACAACUCGCCGCACCCGGGCGCGAUCAACGAGCGCAUCCGCGCGCUGAACGACUACCACACGUACGCCGUGUACAAGUACACGGCGCGCGGGCUGUUCGAGCGGCACAAGCUGCUGCUGUCGCUGCAGAUGACGGCGCGCAUCCUGGCCAACGCGAAGCAGAUCAACCAGGACGAGUGGCAGGCGCUCCUGCGCGGCGCGUCCGUGAUGGACCGCUCGAGCCAGCCGCCGAACCCGGCGCCGCACUGGAUCUCCGAGCUGGCGUGGGACAGCGUGACCACGCUGGAGGAGCUGCCGAACUUCCAGGGGCUCGUGAGCUCGUUCGACGGCGCGCUCCCGGACUGGGAGAACUGGUACCGCUCGAACGAGCCCGAGGCGGAGGAGCUGCCGGGCGAGUGGGAGUCGCGCUGCAACGAGCUGCAGCGUAUGGUGCUGGUGCGCGCGCUGCGGCCGGACCGGCUCAUCUUCGCGGCGACGGCGUUCGUCGCGAACGCGCUCGGGCGGAAGUUCGUCGAGCCGCCCGUGCUCGACCUCGCGGAGACGUACAACGACUCGGUGCCGGCGUCGCCGCUCAUCUUCGUGCUCAGCCCGGGCGUGGACCCGUACGACAACCUCGCGAAGCUCGCGAAGGAGCGCAACAUGACGGAGAAGUUCCACUCCGUCGCGCUCGGGCAGGGCCAGGCGCCCGUCGCCACGAAGCUCAUCUCCGACGGCCUCAAGCAGGGCCACUGGGUCUUCCUGGCCAACUGCCACCUCAUGACGUCGUGGCUGCCCACGCUCGACAAGAUCAUCGAGUCCUUCGCGGCCGCGAAGCCGCACCCGAACUUCCGCCUCUGGCUCUCGUCGAACCCGGACCCCAAGUUCCCCAUCGCCAUCCUGCAGCGCUCGAUCAAGAUGACCACGGAGCCGCCCAAGGGCCUGCGCGCGAACCUCCUCCGGCUGUACAACACGAUCAGCGAGGAGAGCUUCGCCGAGUGCAAGAGCCAGGACAAGUACCAGAAGCUGCUCUUUGCGCUGUGCUUCUUCCACUCGGUGCUGCUCGAGCGGCGCAAGUUCCGCACGCUCGGCCUCAACAUCCCGUACGACUUCAACGACACGGACAUGAAGGUCUCCGACGACCUCCUCAAGUCGUACCUGGACUCGUACGAGGACACCCCCUGGGAGGCCCUCAAGUACCUCAUCUCGGAGGCCAACUACGGCGGGCGCGUGACGGACGAGCUCGACCGGCGCGUCCUGCGGUCGUACCUCGAGCAGUACUACUGCGACGAGGCGCUCGUCGUGCCCAACUACAAGCUCUCGACGCUCCCGCACUACUUCAUCCCCGACACGGGCACCCUGCAGUCGUUCAAGGACUACGUGCUGUCGCUGCCGCUGAUCGACGCGCCGCAGGCGUUCGGACAGCACCCGAACGCGGACAUCUCGUGCCAGACCGAGGACUCGAUGGUCGUCCUCGACUCGCUGCUGUCGCUGCAGCCCAAGACGGGCGGCGCGGGCGCGGGCGGGGACAGCGCCGACGCGCGGGUGGACUCGAUCGCGGAGGACCUGCGGCAGACGGUGCCGCAGCCGUUCAACCUCGAGCAGGUGAUGAAGUCCAAGGCGUCGGACCCGUCCGCGCUGCACGUGGUGCUCUUCCAGGAGGUGGAACGGUACAACGUGCUCCUGGCGCACGUGCACAGCUCGUGCCACGAGCUCCAGCGCGGCAUCAAGGGCCUCGUCGUGAUGAGCGCGGACCUCGACAUGAUCUACGACGCGCUCAGCACCGGCAAGGUCCCCGCCGCGUGGCUCAAGGCCUACCCCAGCCUCAAGCCGCUGGGGUCGUGGGCGCGCGACCUCCUCCAGCGGAUCGAGCAGCUCAAGCUGUGGAUCGACAAGGGCUACCCGGACGUGUACUGGCUGUCGGGCUUCACGUACCCGACGGGCUUCCUGACGGCGGUGCUGCAGACCACGGCGCGGCGCAACGGGAUCCCGAUCGACACGCUGUCGUUCGACUUCACGGUGAUGGCCUCGGAGGACGAGGCGGGGCUGCAGCCCCCGCGCGAGGGCGUGUACGUGCGCGGCAUCUUCCUCGAGGGCGCCGGGUGGGACUACGAGCAGGGCUGCUUGUGCGAGCCCGAGCCGAUGAAGCUGAUCGUGCCGAUGCCGAUCGUGCUGUUCAAGCCCGUGGAGAACAAGAAGAAGCCCGGGAAGAGCACGUACCUGUCGCCGCUGUACCUGUACCCCGUGCGCACGGGCACGCGCGAGAGGCCUUCGUUCAUGAUUAAUAUGGAACUGAAGACUCAGGUGGAGCCCGACCACUGGGUCAAGCGCGGAACGGCCACGCUGCUCAGCCUGUCGACGUGA